AUGACGACAACUGGUCGAGAGUAUUACUUUUUCAUAAUUGGACAGAAUGAUCAACUAAUAUUCGAAAUGGAAUUCCCAGUAGUGGAUGCCAAAAAACGACGUGAAUCAGAUACGCGUCAUCUCAAUCAAUUUAUUGCUCAUGCAGCUUUAGAUAUUAUCGAUGAAAUGUCCCUCACCAGUCCACAAAUGUACUUAAAAGUAGUUGAUAAAUUCAAUGAAUGGUUUGUUUCUGCUUUCGUCACUGCAAGCGGAAUGAGAUUUGUCAUGUUGCACUGUCAGAAAAAUGAAGAUGGCAUUAAGCAAUUUUUCCAGGAAAUAUAUGAAAUGUAUAUCAAGCUUUCAAUGAAUCCCUUUUACGAAAUUGGUUCUUCAAUUACAUCAGCUAAUUUUGAACAAAAAUCAGUAUUUUAUGCAAAAAAAUAUUUAAAUUCAUGA